CCAAUGAGGUUCAUUCUUGUGUUACGCAGCACAUUUGAGCUUCAGCGAGAACCAAUGAGAUUCAUUCUUGUGUUACGCAGCACAUUUGAGCUUCAGCGAGAAUCAAUGAGGUUCAUUCUCGUGUUACGCAGCACGUUUGAGCUUCAGCGAGAACCAAUGAGGUUCAUUCUCGUGUUACGCAGCACGUUAGAGCUUCCGCGAGAACCAAUGAGGUUCAUUCUGGUGUUACGCAGCACGUUUGAGCUUCAGCGAGAACCAAUGAGAUUCAUUCUCAUGUUACGCAGCACGUUUGAGCUUCCACAAGAACCAAUGAGGUUCAUUCUCGUGUUACGCAGCACGUUUGAGCUUCCUCAAGAACCAAUGAGGUUCAUUCUCGUGUUACGCAGCACGUUUGAGCUUCAGCAAGAACCAAUGAGGUUCAUUCUCGUGUUACGCAGCACGUUUGAGCUUCCUCAAGAACCAAUGAGGUUCAUUCUGGUGUUACGCAGCACGUUUGAGCUUCCUCAAGAACCAAUGAGGUUCAUUCUGGUGUUACGCAGCACGUUUGAGCUUCCUCAAGAACCAAUGAGGUUCAUUCUCGUGUUACGCAGCACGUUUGAGCUUCCUCAAGAACCAAUGAGGUUCAUUCUCGUGUUACGCAGCACGUUUGAGCUUCCUCAAGAACCAAUGAGGUUCAUUCUCGUGUUACGCAGCACGUUUGAGCUUCCUCAAGAACCAAUGAGGUUCAUUCUCGUGUUACGCAGCACGUUUGAGCUUCAGCUAGAACCAAUGAGAUUCAUUCUCGUGUUACGCAGCACGUUUGAGCUUCAGCAAGAACCAAUGAGGUUCAUUCUCGUGUUGCGCAGCACGUUUGAGCUUCCUCAAGAACCAAUGAGGUUCAUUCUCGUGUUACGCAGCACGUUUGAGCUUCCUCAAGAACCAAUGAGAUUCAUUCUCGUGUUACGCAGCACGUUUGAGAUCAGCAAGAACCAAUGAGGUUCAUUCUCGUGUUACGCAGCACGUUUGAGCUUCAUCAUGUGCAUAACGUCAUCGUCAAUAGACAAUAAUGGUAUCUUUUUCAGUUUUCAGGCCCCCAAAAUGACAAAUGGCCAAAACGCAUAAAAAAGUUUUCAACUAAAAAGAAAACGUCAUGUAAAUUGCCCCUGAGAUUCAAAGAUUUUAUUUGUCACACACUGUACACUGUUAUAUACAGGAUACAACUUGCAGUGAAAUGUAAAUUUUACAGAUUUUUUUUUUUUUUUUUUUUUGAAAAAAUUUAGCUUUUUUGUGAUGCUGACAUUUCCAUUAUAGUUAUUUAUUUUAUUUUGUUUAAAUUACAGAGUCUUUUUAUGUAUUAUUUAGUUAGAUUUGUGUGUCUUCGUUGAGUAAACAGGAGUAGUUUAAUGACCUUUCUUAAGACAAACAACAGGAAGCGAGUGCUCACAUUUCCUCAUGGUGAAUUACUGAAUGAUGUUUUACGCUUAUGGAGAAACUGUGAGUUGUGUGUGUGUCAUUAAUGCAACACACCAGAACAGUGUGUAAUGUAUUUUGAAAUGCUGACCACAGAAGCACUUUCACUCAGAUGUGUUUGUGUAAACAUUGACGAGAGGAGCUUUUAGUGCUCGCAAACUUUUUUGAGCUGAAUUCUCUCAGUAAUACUUCUCUCUGCUGAAGUAUUACUGAAGGGUUUCUUCAUAAAAGAAGAGGGUUUUUCCACUUAAUAUGAUGCACCUGCUGUCAACAUCAUAAUGCCAGCUAUCAAAAAUAAGUUCUAAGAACAUUUUGCUAAAAUUCAUAUUAAGUUAUUUUCAAAUGUUCAUUGAAUGUCCAGUUUUUAAAAUUCUUGGUUAUACGGUCGUUAAGAGAACAUUCCAUUUAAUCAUUCUGCAAAGAAUGUUUGAAUGUUCUCUGAACAUUCCGAAACAAGUUAAAAAAUGUUAGAAGAACAAUCAACUGAAAAGUCUCAGAAAAAAUGUUUUUGUGCUAAUGUUUUGAGAACAUUAUUAACGACCAGAUAACUUUGAAUGAACCUUAUAUUAAUGUUACAGGAAGGAUGUUUGUUCAUAACUUUGACAGAACAUUAACAGAACAUUGCCAAAGUUCUGAGAAUGUUCUGUUAGCUGUGAUUACUCCAUUCGAAGGAUAAUGAUCAUGUUUGAGGGCUGAAAUCUGCUGUUUACAUGCUGAAAUGAUGGAAUUACCGGCAGCUGAGCCGCUUCAGGAAGGAAACGUGAGGAAAGUUCUCUGAAGUCAUCAGCCACCAGAAGUUAUAAACAAUGAUUGAUUGUGUGUGAGAGGAAGUUCAGGGAAUUAGGUGAAGGAGCCGGGCAAACGAGAUGGGAAAAUCUCCAGUAAUAUUGAAAUAUUGCAGUCACAAACAUGGUUUUUGUGUUCAGCAUUUUUCUGUAAGAAAUGAAUGAGAAAUCACCAGUGAGACCCCCGUCCUAAUAUUUAAAAG